GAUUAUUCCCAUAUAUUUUUACAAGAUCAAGUCAAUUUACAUUCAAAUUAUCCUUGGCAUUAGCAUUUUGAAUAACAUUCAUUUUAUAUGGAUAAUUAUUCAUUCAUUAACACCAGCUGUUCAAUUAGCUGCAACUAUAAUUGCAGGUCAUCUCCAAUUAACACUAUUGGGAAACACAGGACCCAUACUUCUAAAUUCAGCCAUUUUAAUUCAAAUCCUUAUCAUAUCACACAUCCUAAUGCUAGUCCUUGAAUCAGCAAUUCAAGUAUUCAAUCACAUGUAUUUGACAUAUUA